UGCCUCCGGGGUGACGGGGUCCCGGGACGGAGGGGGCAUCUGUGGGGUCCCCGGCAGCAGCGGCGCUGCCCGUGCCUGUUGUCUCUUCGGCCUCACCUCGAACCCCGGGGGCGCUGUGUGGCGCGGGGGCCCCAGCCAUGCUCCAGAUCACGUGGCACCAGGAGCCAGUGACCUUUGAGGAUGUGGCCGUGUACUUCACUCAGAAUGAAUGGGUUAUCCUGGACCCUUCACAGAGGGCCCUGUACCGGGAGGUGAUGUUGGAGAAUUAUGCCAAUGUGGCUUCUCUGGCUUUUCUAUUCACCAGACCUGUUUUGGUCUCCCAGCUAGAGCGAGGGGAACUGCCGUGGGGCCUGGAACCCUGGGAACCCGUGGGCAGGGAAGCCCUUAGAGGCAUCUGUCCAGGGGGUGAGACCAGAGCUGAGAAGGAAGAAUCAACUCCAAAGGGACACAUUUCUAAAGAAACAGAGUCCCACAGACUGACAUUAAGAGGGCUGCCAGGGAAUGUUGCCCCGCACCUGGACUUUGGGAGCAGCCUACAGCAGCAGCAUGGUCACUGGAUAGCUAAGAAGACCAAGUCAAAGAGGAGAGAUUUCACAGAUGAGCCAACCAGCCAUCGUGAGGCCUGCACUGUUGAGACUGAGGAGCAGUGUGAGAAAUCUGGGGAAAAUGUUAGUGUCAGCACACAACUCAGUACAAAUCAGCCAGCUCUUAGUGGUCAGAUAUCAUAUGAAUGUAGAAAAUGUGGCAGAUAUUUUAGUCGAAUGGCAGAUUUUCAGGGCUGUCACACUGGUGAAAGGUCUUUCAAAUGCAAAGAAUGUGGAAAAGCCUUCAGAUACAACUCAUUGCUUAUUCGGCAUCAGGUAAUUCAUACUGGAAAGAAACCAUUUAAAUGUAAAGAAUGUGGGAAAGGUUUAAGUUCAGACACGGCCUUGAUUCAGCACCAGAGAAUCCACACUGGAGAGAAGCCCUAUGAAUGUAAGGAGUGCGGCAAGGCCUUCAUUAGCAGUUCUGUCUUCCUCCAGCACCAGAGGUUCCACACUGGGGAGAAACUCUAUGAAUGUAACGAAUGUUGGAAAACUUUCAGUUGUAGCUCAAGCUUUAUUGUUCAUCAGCGAGUGCACACUGGGGAGAAACACUAUGAAUGUAAAGAGUGCGGAAAACGAUUAAGCUCCCCCACGGCCUUGACUCAGCAUCAGCGCAUUCACACCGGGGAAAAACCUUUUGAAUGUAAGGAGUGUGGGAAGGCCUUCAGUCAGAAAAUCACCCUGGUCCAGCAUGAACGAGUUCACACUGGUGAGAAGCCGUAUGAGUGUGAGGUGUGUGGGAAAACCUUCAGCUGGUGUGGGCGAUUCACUCUGCAUCGGAAACUACACACACAGAAGAUACCUGUGCAAGAGUAAGGUUGUCUGCGGCUGGGGGUGCUGUUCCUCCUUGUUUCUCCCCACUCGUGUUCUUCACCAGUGCACUCUUCAUAGUUAGACAAGAAGAAACAAACCUCCAGACUCACAAGUGUAUGAAGAAAUGUAACUGGCUGAUCCUCUGGAAUCUGUGGUGUCCCUGAGUGCCCUGCAGAAUGGAUGAGGAAUGUGUCAGAGGACCUAUGUGAGAGAACACCGCUGUGAAUUAUCAAAUAAUUCCAGGCUUAAAGAGGAGAUCUUUAAAAGGUUCAAGAGAAAACAAAAGAUCGGGAAUAAAAUUGCACUGGAUUUCAUAACAGCAGUUUUGAAGGUAAAAAGGACAAUGGUGUGUUCCUUCAAAAUUCGAAGGGAAAAUAAUUCCUACUCAGAAUUCAGUACCCUCAAGUGUGAGUUUAGUAUAAACCCUUAGAUUUUGAACCUUUAUUUCCCAUGUAUCCUUUCUCAGGUGUGCAACACUAAAGAGGGGGUCAACCAGAAAAGAAAAAGAUACAUGGACAUCCUAUCACAAUUAAUAUAUUAGGAGUCUCCUAAACUCAGAAACAGAAGGCCCUUGUCCAUAUAAAGCCAUCUGUAUUUUGGAGGACAUUCCUAGUAGGCUGCAAAUUUUCAGAGACCUACCUCAGUGCAGUGCCCACACACACUACUUUGUAGUUACUUGUCACUGCUCAGUUGUAGGCUGUGCCUUUGCAAAAGUUGCGGUGUAUGCACCCUUUGAGUCAAAUGCAAGGCCACUUAUCAGUUCAUCCAUCUCAUUUCUGUUCCAUGUGACCUCACAGCAGGAAGAAUUUCCUUGCAACUUCAUCUACUUCUUUCUCAUCAUGGAAGAAGUGUCCAUUAUUUUCUGUUACCAGUGGAAAUGAAGGGAGAUGUAAAUGUGCUCUGUUUUAGCAUCCCUCUUCUGCAAGCUGCUUGACUUUGCCCAUUGCAGGAAGCAGAGCCAGGCAGACUUUGGUAUGAGCCCAGGCAUGUUACCUUGGUUAAGUUACAGAUACUACUCAUUUCCUUGUUUGUAAAAUCUGGAUGACAGUCUACCUCAUAGGUUUGUGUUGAGUAUUAACUGCAUUAAUACAUGUAAGAAUGCUUGGAACAAUGACUAGACCCUAAUAAAAGUGUUAUUUAUUAUUAAUAACACCAUUGCUAAGUUUUGACUUAUGUAUACACCAGUGAAACCAGUCAAGGUAAUAAACAGAGCCAUAACCUCCCACAUAUCCCUUAUGCCCCUUGGCAAUCCCUCUCAAGCUUUCCACAGCAACUGCUGAUCUGUUGUCACUUCGAAUGAGUAGUGCUUUUCUAGGAUUUUAUAGAAAUAUUCCAUUGUAUGUACUCUUCUUUUUGGUGUCUUUCACCCUCCAUAAAUUAUUUUGAGGUUCACCUAUGUUGCAUAUUCAUUGUAUCAUUGGUUCCUCUUCUUCUUCUUCUUCUUCUUCUUCUUCUUUUUUUUUUUUGCCAAGCAGUAUUCAACUAUGGAAAUAACCAGAAUAUGUUUUAUUCAUCUCUUGAUGGCCAUUUGAAUUGUUUCCAGUUUUUGGUUAUUACAAAUAAAGCUGCUAUGAACAUUUGUGUUUAA